GAGGAGUUGAGAACUUGCCGGGCCAGCUCUUUUUUCCCCCCACCUGCCAUGGCAGGCUGGUCCCGUGAAGCAGUUCUGCUCCUUUAUCGCACACUUCUGCGCCAAGGGCGCCAGCUGCAGUUUACAGACCGUGAUUUCUAUACUUCGUGUGUGCGACGGGAGUUCAGGAAACAUCAGAAUCUGACACGGCUGGAGGACAAGGAGAAGCAGCUGGAGAAAGGACAGUUCUUCCUUAGGACCAAGCUUGGUGGACUGGUCUAACAUCACACACAGUUGAUCUCUUGUCAGUCUGCACUUCACUUUGCAGAAAUCAUGGCAGGAGCUGGAGAAAAGAAAGGCAAGAAGGAUGACAAUGGGAUUGGUACUGCUAUAGAUUUUGUGCUCUCUAAUGCCCGAUUGGUACUUGGCGUGGGAGGAGCUGCCAUGCUAGGAAUAGCUACUUUGGCAGUGAAACGGAUGUAUGAUAGGGCCAUCAGUGCCCCUGCCAGCCCCUCCCGGACCAGCCAGUCAGGUAAACGAAGUUGGGAAGAGCCUAAUUGGUUAGGCUCAUCUACACGACUUCUGAACAGUGACAUGAAGACCUCUGUAAGCCGCAGUCUGCAAACACUCCCUACAGAUUCCUCUGCAUUUGAAUCAGACCCUGUUUGUCCUAAACCACCAACUAGGAAGUCACAAAUGGACCUGAAGAAGGCUCGUCUGCGGCUGUCCCUUCAAGAGAAACUUUUUGCUUAUUAUAGAAAACAUGUGGCCAUCCCACCCACGGAGCAAAGUUGUGCUAAGCAAGCUGCUGUUGACAUCUGUGCCGAACUGCGUAAUUUUAUCAACAAUAAGUUCCCAGAUAUGCAGUUGCGAGAUAUGCACCUCAGUGGGAGUCUCUACGAUGACCUGCAGGUGGUAAGAGCUGAUCACAUUCAGCUAAUGGUGCCGCUCUUGAUGGAAAAGAAUUUGUGGUCAUGUGUCCCAGGGGAGCAGACCAUCCUUAACUUACCUGGAUUCUGCCUUGUUCGUCGGGAGAAUGUGGAGUACUUCCCUAGAGGUACUAGCUACUGGGACCGCUGUGUUGUAGGCGGUUACCUUUGUCCCAAGUCUGUCAUAGCUACAUUUGAGAAAGUAGUAGCAGGAUCAAUAAACUGGCCAGCCAUUGGUAGUAUACUGGGGUAUGUAAUUCGACCAGUGGUACCAUCAGAGAGCCUAAUCCUGGAGGUUCAGUAUGAGGAAGAUCGGAGGCUUUUUAUAGACUUCUUGCCUUUGGUAGUACUUGAGGAGCAUGCAGCAGUAGCCAAGGCGCACAGACUGCCACAUUAUGGAAAUAUGUGGAGGCUUAGCCAACGUGGAGCUGAAACUGCUGCUUUGAUGGGGCGGGAUCAACAGGAUUCAGGGUGUCGGUGCCUAUGUCUAAAGAUCCUAAAAGCCAUCUGUCGCUACAAUCUGCCACUCUCACAUCUCACUGCCUCUCACCUAACAAACAUCCUCCUCCAUACCUGUGAGAAGGAGUCAGACUGGUCACAUGGGGUUCUGGCUGACCGAUUUCUCCAGGUUCUCAGAGAAACCGUGGGCCAUCUAGAGAAAGGAGCUUUGUCCUCUGCCAUGGACCCAAAGGUGGACCUAUUUUCAGAACUCACUGCAGAGGAGAUUGAUGAGAUGGGCUAUUUUCUCUACUGCUCCUUGUCAGAACCUGAGGUGCUUCUUAGGACAGAAGAUUGAGAGCUAGGGAUGGGCUGGUGACAGAAGAUUACAGCCGCUGAACCCUGACCAUAACUUUUAUGGUGUACAAAUGGUGAAAGCAAGAUGAUGGCUCAUGGCAUUCUUGUCACAUAUUUUUUUCCUCUAUAAGGCUAAUUCCACAGUGAAAUGUAAGAAAUAUGGCACGUUCUGUCAGUCCUUGUGCUCUCAGGUGCUAUCAAGGCUCUUACUAUUCCCUCCUUGCCUGCAGUCACUUCCUAUUCAAAUAAAUAGGAACAGUCUGUGCAGCUUUCCUUCUGCUAGAAGCACUGCAGGCAGGGGGCAGGGACCUUUGAUGCCUGAGAGACCAGUGGCAGUCAGGAUGCCUGUUGUGCCAUAGGGGUUAUUUCUGUUAGCUGUGCACAUACUGUGGCAUUGCUGUGUAACAGUCAGCUCAUUCAUACAUGUUCUCUGGUGUUUCUGCUGUUUCAUGACUUUUCCCAGCAUCUCUCUGCUAGAUAAGCUGUGGGGUGGGGCUGGAAUAUGCUGGGGUUUCCAGUCUCACGAGGGUUGGAAUAACAUGGUAUCUGUUGCCUACCCCUUUGGUUUAAAGUGUGGUCUAGACUUGACUUUAUGCUAUAAUGCUCCCUUUAUUCAGACUCCUGCUGUGUGCUUCCUUGCUGUUUUGGUUUUUUGUUGCCCCUUGCUAACAAAAUCUAGAGUUACAAGCUAAAUACAGCAUCACUGCAUAUAUAAUAGGUAUUAUGUUACAGGUAUGUUACACAGGUUUUCCUGCCAGCAGUAUUGGCUAUUUUGAGUAGUAUUCAUAUUUUUAUAGCAGUCGGUGCUCUGGGAAAUAAGGUGGGUGUAUGACGAAUAUGCAACACGUUAAUGGCCAUUUGGGUGGUAGAGUUGUCACAUAUUUGCUCAAGGCUGCUAUUCCUCAGAACUUGACUGGGUUUAGGAUGCUUUGCUUUAAAAUAGUUUGGCAGCAUGGUUUAGGCCAGCAUAUUAUAGUCAUUUAAGGGGGAACUAAACCCCCUUGCAUUUUUAACCACAGUCCAGUCAAAGCAAAUCCUAAAAACAUCUUCUUACCUGUCCUGGUCUCUCCUGCCUUGUUACCUCAGACUCCAUGGCUUGCCCUGUAGCAAACAGAACACAUGUAUUAUUUGCACAACUAUUACUUCUUACUGGCUUUUUAUGGGAGAUAACAGCUAUAAAACCAACAUAGAUCUGUUUCCUGAUAGACUGUGCUGAUUGCAGUAAGUUAGCGCAUACUGGGCACACUGUUCUUCCAAAGACUUUCCCAUGUGCAUCAGUUGGUAUGCAAGGUUUAACCCCUUACUGUUUCUUUGCAUCAUAACUACCUCUGCUUGGGAAGGGAUAAGCCUCUUGCUUUGCGCCUAAGGAAAUUUACAAUAGUGAAACCCAUUGACUUUUUAUCAACAGUGUUCUUGGUCUUCAGUGCAGGGUCUGUUGUAGGGAUGAUAGCUAUUUACUGUUACUCCUCAAGGGAUUCUCCAAGGGAUUUCCACAUUUAUAUAUAUAAAUCCCCUUUCAUUUUAUACACAUGCAUGAGAUACUGGUUUCACAAAUUAAUCUAUUUUAAAGGUUUUCUAGGUUUUUGUGUCUCAGGUGCUGUAUUUUUGAUGGGAAGGAAGCAGUUGCGUGACCAGGAGACAAAACAUUUGACAUAAACUCUCAAUACAAUCAAACCGCCAUUUUAAAUACUCCUUUAUUCAACAGCACAGAUUAUUCUUAGGCAAAUAUAAGAUUUUUACUUUAAUGCAAUUCUAUGUAUGGGAUCUAUUAUUUAGAAACUAAUCAUAGAGAAAGCUCUCAGAUAUGGCACUGCUAUUUCCCAUAGGGUCCACUUAAUUUAUAGCUCAUUUGCUAUUUUUCUGUAAUAAGACAGUGCCUUGUAUUUAUGGCAACUAAACUGCAUCAAUCCAUAAUGGUAACAAAACAAUGUUUUUUACAAUGUAAAUGAUUUCUUUUGGAAGCUUUAAGGUAUGUUGCUCCACAAUACAAGCAACCCAGGUCCAAAGCUUUUCUGAUAAUAGAUCCUAUAACUAUAUGCUUUUAACGGUAGGCAGUAAACUGCAAUACAACACUGCAUGAUGAAAGUAAAUAAUAAUUCUAAGCAGAUUUCCAAUAUUUAUACAUUCCACAGUAAUAACACAUUUUCAUUGAUAUGGAUAAAUCUAAUUCUUAUUGAAAACUUUACAACUGUCCUUUGCAAUUCUUUGCACUACUGUUUCUAACUACACAUACAAUUAAACCAGUGUUUCUGUAGUCUGCUUUUCUCCAGCCAAGGUUCCUGCUCCCACAAUGCCUUGCACGUAUGAAGCCAAGUCAGACAUGUGCAGUGCAUGGUAAGCAAUGUAAAGCUUACUGCUACAGCGUCAUCAUUUCAGGCAUAUGUGUAGUCAGGACUAGCAGUGCGUAGAAAGAUACUGCUUUCAAUUGCAGUUAUAUUCACUAAUUACCCUAAAAAUAAUUGGAAACUUGUACUUAAUGGAUAUUGGAAAGCUGCUUAGAAUGAACUAUGCCUUCAGCAUACAGCAUUAUAUAUUUCACCUUUCUUAAGGCCCACCCAAUAGUGUGUGGGGCUAGUGUACUCACGCAGUAGCCCCCAGGCUUCUUAUGUACAUUCUCACAGAUGUUGGCGCCACUUGUAGGGAAGAAAUAAAGGGUAUGUGCCUCGCCAACAUGCAGUCCAUACACUCAGCAUAUUUAAAUAUCACUAUGUGGCACUGAGAGUUGGGUUGUGUGUGAAAAAUUGUAAAAAAAAAAAAAAAGUCUCUUGUAUAAGGCCUGAUUUUAAUGGCAUUGGUUUUAGCGCGUUGAUAUGUAAUAUUUAUUGUACACACAUUAUACUUCUUUAACUACUUGACUGUGCUGCUAUUUCUAGUAACAGAGCUACAUAUGAAUUGAAGACAUUGCAGCAGUAAUGAUUCAUUUUACAAAUCCAGACCUGGCGGUGAGGCCGCUUCACACAUUGGGUUGCACCACCCACUCAGACAUUAGGGUUUGGCUUCCUUUAGAACCAUAGAGCCUACAUUUAGGGCAUGGUAUCCUUAUGGCUCUAUGCAGUGCCAUGUCUCUGUAGAAAUGCUCUUCUUUUCCACUUUUUUAAACCUUCAGGAAGCUGCAGGGAAUCUUAAAUCCUUGUGUAUCGAGCAUUUGUAUGCCUCCAGUGUCUUACAUGAUGUGGAAUCCAAAGAUAGCUGGAAGAUAUUUCCACAGAAAGUUCCAUUUAGUCAGACUUUAAUAUAAAGGAAAAUUAAUAUUGUUUUUAUAUUUUCCCUUUGAACUUCAAUUGUAUCCGACAUUGUACCCCACAAACUGUGAGACAGGUGUCUGCCUGCAGAUUAGUAUGUGUUGCUGCCUUUGUGUUUAAUCAGAUCUCUCCCCAAAAUACACUGAUAUAUAAUGGACUGUGGAAGGUGUUAAUAUGCAUGUAUUAUUUUUAUUCAGGGACGAGUGAGAGUAUUUGAAAAUAAAAGAAACUAUGAAUUAAAUGUAA